UGUCCAAUCCGCAAUGGCCCUGAGUAGAACUUCUUGGGUCCCAUUUGGGACUUAUUUGGAGUCCCAAGCCCCUUGGUGCCUUUAUGAGUAGAAGGGAGGGGCAUUGCUCCCGCCCACGCCCCCACCCGGCCCCAUCCGCGAUGGGCCCCGCAGGCCAGAGCGGCCCCUUUAAGAGCCUUGCGGGCGGGACGCAAGAGGUCGCGGCGUUACCCCGACGCCGCCGGCCGUCCUCCAUCCUCGCAGCGGCGAAACUCCUUGGCCAUGCGGGCGCUCCGGGUCGGUCUGACCCUGGCGCUGGGCACGGGCCUGGGCGCAGCUGCUGAAGGCUGGCGGCGGCAGCGGGCGGACGCGCGCCCGGCGCCGGGGCUGCUGGGCCGGCUGCCCGUGUUGCCUGUGGCGGCGGCAGCCGAACUGCCCGUCGUGCCUGCUGUACCCGGGGCUCCGGUAGGCGGUGGCCCCGGCGAGCUGGCCAAGUACGGGCUACCUGGGCUGGCGCAGCUCAAGAGCCGCGAGUCGUACGUGCUGUGCUACGACCCACGCACCCGCGGCGCGCUCUGGGUGGUGGAGCAGCUGCGGCCUGAGCGGCUCCGCGGCGACGGCGACCGCAGCUCGUGCGACUUCCGCGAGGACGACUCGGUGCAUGCGUACCACCGCGCCACUAAUGCCGACUACCGCGGCAGCGGCUUCGAUCGCGGCCACUUGGCCGCCGCAGCCAACCACCGCUGGAGCCAGAAGGCCAUGGACGACACCUUCUACUUGAGCAACGUCGCGCCCCAGGUGCCCCACCUCAACCAGAAUGCUUGGAACAACCUGGAGAAGUACAGCCGGAGCUUGACCCGCACCUACCAAAACGUCUAUGUCUGCACAGGGCCACUCUUCCUGCCCAGGACGGAGGCUGACGGGAAGUCCUACGUGAAGUACCAGGUAAUCGGCAAGAAUCACGUGGCAGUGCCCACCCACUUCUUCAAGGUGCUGAUCCUGGAGGCAGCAGGUGGACAAAUCGAACUCCGCUCCUAUGUGAUGCCCAACGCGCCCGUGGACGAGGCAAUCCCGCUGGAGCGUUUCCUGGUGCCCAUCGAGAGCAUCGAGCGGGCCUCAGGGCUGCUCUUCGUGCCAAAUAUACUGGCGCGGGCUGGCAGCUUCAAGGCCAUCUCCGCGGGCAGCAAGUGAGGGCGGCUGCCUGGCCAGACUGUGAGGGUGCAGGGGUUGGGUCGCAUUAAAGGUGGUUAUUUUUAGAAA